UCACUCCGACCUGAUCGUAAGGAAGGCCCUUCUCUCCGGUGAAAUCGGUCCCGGCGUCAAACUCGAUCCUCGCGAAGGCCAGCGGACGGAGCGGCCCAUAACGCGUGUUUCGAACCAGGGCCCUCCCCACUUGCGUUAGCGUGUAUACAUCAUGCGAUCUAGUAGACUAGUUGCGGAGAACAAUGUUCGUUUUCUCGUCGCGAUCUUACCCAAAUCUCUGCCGCUUUGCGGCACCUGGUUCCCAAACCGGCAAAGUCGUGGCUGCGGGGAGAUCGGAAUACUGGCAGACCGCAGAUCAAAGACCCCCAAUCCCGGCGUCUGAGGGACUUUUUGAACGAGGCGCUCAACGGCUGGGAAGUCCAUGCUGCCACCCGUCUCAACGCUGGGUUGCUGAUACGAUGUCCCUGCCUGUCGUGCCCCGAGGAGUUUGGGGCCCCCUUGCCCGGUGCAAGAGGUUGUUGAGCAGGGUUACCACACUGAAGGAGCCUGCUGCUGGUCAGGGCGGCGGCGGUAAUUGUAAAACUCAGCCUGCCUUUAAAGCUUCCAUGUCCUUGCCAAUAGGUUCGGCUUUAUCGUUCCCCCUCAUCAAUCUGAGAUCUUGCACCGAAACAACUGCCAUCUAUCGGACCUCUACGAGCCAGCCAUCGACUGGAAUCGGGUGCGUGUACAAUCUACGCUUUCGCGGAAAUUGACCUGCAUCUUCUGGAAAACUGCGUUCGCGCCCCGUUUGACUCGUGGCCCCGAUCUGGAAUUGUAUUGCACAACCCUUAGCCGUUGCUCUCUUGUCUUUCCUGGAGCUGAUCCUCUUUACAUCUCCAACGCUCGCUCAUUUUAAGUUUCGACUCUCGACUCGCACCCUAACCGGACAUUCCUUAUUGAGGUAAGAAAUGCCCGACUUUAAGCGAGCCGCGAGCUGGUGGCUGC